ACAAGUCUUGAGGACUUCGUUUAACAUAGCAGGUUUCCACAAGGAUGAGGGGAGAGUGGAUUCACUCUGGGGUGCCAAGAUGCAUGAAGCAGAUCAGGACCCAUUUGACUUUGGAGAUCUACCAGAUGAUUUAUCAGAAUUCCUGAAUGACGAUUACCUAUUCGACACAGAUGUUUUCUUUGGUGAUCCGUGGUUUAAUUCUGAUGAACUCAGCAACUCCAAUGAUAUUGCUGUGCCACCAGAGCCGCCCUGCACAGGCGGCCACCAGCAGCAGCAGGGGCAGACGGACAAAUUCUCCAGCAAAGAAAACAAAAGGAGAAAAAGACAGAGAGUUCCUUGGUCACAGCAAUGCACUGAUGAGAACAACACACCAUCCAGAACAAAAAGACACAGAGCAGCAGGCACUGGUGUGGAAGCAGAGCUCAGUCCUGCAGAGACAGUGAACUUACCCACCACUCUGACAAGAUUCCUCCAACUCCAACCCCCCAUUCAUCUCAUCACCAUCCCAGACCCUAAAGGAUAUCAUGUCAUUCAGAAUGUGAGGCUCUCUCCUCCGGUCAUUAGACUUCGACUCCCCAGUGCAGCUGCUACACCCACAUACAUAUUAGUUCCUGAGAGCCAAGUGCAGCCGCUCUCCCCGGUGGAUGCUGCAGUAGUGCCAGUCCAAAUGAGCUCGUCGCCACCAGGAUCUCUGUCGGACACCGCUAGCAAAGCAAUGUCUCCCCCUCGUACCCCAAUCUCCUCCAGAAAGCCGUCCCCAUCUAAAGAAUCACCAUCUCCUCGGUCUCCCACCGUCAUUGAUAUUCCAGAAAGUGUAAAAGACUACAUUCAGAAAGUCAAAGCCCACAUGAGUCUAACAUGCCCGGCUAUAGAGGAGGGCGUUGGUCUGACCUCUCAUUAUGUGGAUAUGCAAGUGAGCCAGAGAGAGACUCAUCGAUCUGGAAAGAACCCAAACAGAAGCCUGGACAAGGAGCUGAUCAUCACGGGAGAUACAGAUCGACAAAACAGCUUGUUGGGGCCUCGUCAGAUCUUUGAAGACUCAAAUGGACAUAACCCCAGACGAUACAUAUUGCUGUUUGGCAAUGCAGGAAUGGGAAAAACCACCCUGAUCAGGAAGCUGUGCCUUGACUGGUCCAGAGACUGCAUCCCACAGUUUGACUUUGUCUUCUUAUUAGAUGGCAAAACACCGGCUUUAAAAAAGUCCAUCUAUAGCCUUCAGACCCUUUUAUUAAACCUCUCCUCCUUUGCAACUUCUUGCACGAACCCAGAGGAAGUGUACGCUCAAAUCCUUGCAGCCUCGAAGCGCGUGCUCAUCAUUUUCGACGGUUUUAACGAGCUCCGAGAAUACGAAGUUCUACUCCAGACUCAAGAAAAAGACGUUAUGACAUCUCUGCAGAAAGACAGUAAAGCGGAGACGUACACAGUAAAACAGCUUUUCUCUGCCAUCCUCCAGAGGGUACUUCUUCCAGGAUGCACCCUUCUGCUCACUACACGACCAAAGGGCCCUGCCAACCAGCUCCUUCGUCGGGCAGACAGCUUUCUGGAGGUAUGUGGCUUUACUCCCACUGAUGUCGAAGCAUAUUUGUCCCAGUACUUCACUGACCCAGCCCUCAGAGCAUCUGCUUUGGACUGCUUAAAAAGAUGCAGCUAUCUACAUCUCCUCUGCUGGAAUCCUGGACUAUGUCGGUUGGUGUGCUUGGUUUUGGAAAAUUCCAAAACUUUGGACGUCCUACCAAGAACUUUAACAGGGCUCUGCCAUCAAGUGCUUCGUUUGAAAAUGGAAAAGCACAGUCAGGGUACAGACUCACAGCCCGACGCUAAAACACAAACAUCCCUGAAAUCUGAAGAAGAAACUCCAACACAAAUCUCAGGUAAUAAUCAAUUGAACAUGUGUCACAAAAAGAUUCCAGUCCAUAAGUCCAAAGCAAGAUUUCAUACUCGCUCAAGCAACCAAAGAGCGAGGGGGGCAAAAAAGCAUUUGACAAAGGACGGGGAGGAGAUGGAAAGUAUGAGAAGGAAGGAGGAUAGAACAGACGAAAGAGUGUUGCUGUCCCAGCUGAGCUCUUUGGCUUGGGAGGGGAUCAAGGUAAACUCGUCUAUCCUUCCCACCGAGCGACCCUUACCUUUCAAACUCAAGGCUUUUGGCCUUGGGAUGGGACUCCUCCUCUGUCACCCCCUGAGGAGGAGGCUGGGAGGAGGAAGAGAGGACGAAAAAGAAAUGGAAGGAGGAGAGAAACAAGAUGGGACGAAAGACAGAGGGAGAACAGACAUUGAAAACGUUGAUGGCAGUGAUGACCACAUCGUACUGUGGGCCAGUCCCUUCCUUCAGAGCUACCUGGCAGGAGUCCACUUGUCUUUGUCUAGGUCUGUAACAGAGCGCACAUUCCUCCUGACCCUUCCAUUCCAAUCAGGUCCAAAGGGGCGUCGGCGAGCUCAAGGAGAGGAAUUCCAGCUGACUCAGCGAUUUGCAGUCGGCCUCCUCUUCCACAACAGCGCAGAGCUGCAGAGCCUCCACUCAUACACUGCGGCAUCCUUCAGGGAUAUGGUGGUCAACAAACAGGCUCAAGUGACAAAACACCUCGAAGGUCUUUCUCACGGUGACCUGAGUCCCGCCCAGGUCCUGGAGGCUUGUCACUAUGUUUAUGAAGCAAGUUUCACAUCAUUCGGUGAUGGGGGCAGAGGCAGUGGCAGCACACGAUUGGACUCUCACCUGGCAGCGAAUCUUCCAGACGUCUUGUCAUUUCAUGGACUUCGACUCAACCCUCCGGAUGUGUUCGCUGUGCAGAACAUACUUGAAAGGGGUGGAAGUUUCUGCUUGGAUCUGGGGGAUUCUGGGAUUGGGGUUUCUGGACUGAAAGUUCUGGUGGGGCUCAACAACGUCAACUCGUUCAGGGCGUGCAUUGAUGAUGUCAUCACCCUAUGGGAGCAGCUGGAGCGCAGUGGUGAGGAGGGGCUCCUACGAGGGGCGGUGUCCAAGUUCAAGAUCCACCCUCUGAAAGUCACACAGGUGUGUCAUGUGGAGCACCUGGCACAGCUCGUGGACAUACAUGUGCAGAAGAGGCUGUCGAGCAGUUCCACCGAUUCAGAUUCCAUCUUGGCAGACGGAGUACCAGCUGUCAAAGAGCUACACAAGCUGGAGUUUGAGCUUGGCCCAGACAAAGGUCCCCUGGGUCUCUCUAAGCUGUGGGAGCUCCUGCCAGCUCUACCUAACCUCCAGCACUUACAUCUCGAGAACAGUAAGAUAGGGGACAAAGGAUCAGAGAGGUUGGCCGAGGCUUUAGAGUCACUCUGUUCUCUGGAGAUACUGAAUCUGUCACAGAACUGCAUCGGAGACCACGGGGUGAAGAAACUGACAACCACACUGGAGUAUUUACCAAACCUGCGCUGUUUAAGUCUUUACAGUAACAUGAUUUCUGACGAAGGGGCAGAGAGUUUAGCAGCUGUCCUCCCACACAUGGCGUCUCUCACUGACUUGGAUGUGAAGUACAACAAGCUGUCGGACGUCGGAGCACAGAGACUCGGAGCCAGUCUGAGAAACUGUCAAAAAAUGAAGACUUUAAGGAUGUGGAACCAGUGGAUUCCGUAUGGAGUGUUUGAGCGUCUUCAGCAGCAAGACGGUCGCAUCCUCUGGCAUUAACCACUAACCAUGAAACCUCUGUGUGACAAGGCUGUGAGUUUUCUGUUAUGCAUCCACACUAUAAACAUAUUUCUGCUGCUUUAUUAAGAAACUCAUGUCCUUCGUAAGAUGACGUUAAGUCUGAGAAGGAAUUUAUUAUUACACAAUCCUGCAGCUAUGAAGCACAUUUGCACCUUGAUGUUUGUCUAGUUUUUUAUAUCAAAUACUGUAUGAUUGUCUUCUGAUAUCGUUGCCUAAAUGUUGUAAAGAGCUGCGUUUUUACUAUUUGCGUAAAUUAUAUAUUUGUUGAUACUCUGUGGCUGUAAAAUAUAAAUAACUUGACAAUCAUCUGACACUUGAAUUCAAAUUUAGUAUUUCUGUUGUCUUCUUUUUCAAAGUAUUUGAAUGAAAGAAUGAAUGCACUAAAAUGGAAAUUCAGUAUGAGGCUCAUUUGAUUUGGUCUCUUUUGUAAAUGUUGCUGCUCUUUAGAUUUAUUUUAUGGUGGUAAUUGUUUUAUAGGAAACAAGCAGCUGUCAUGAACUACUGCUCUUCACUUGUUUAUAUGAACCCUGUGCGAAUUUACAAUUGCAACAGUUUCAAUAAACAAUAUUUGUUUAAUGUGUAAAUGACUUUAAUACAAAGGUAAAAUCUGUUUUUGUUUCUGUUUUUCACUGGGUGUGAAACGUCAUUAAAUGUCAUGGCUGCAUGACUCGCGUCUGUGGGAUGGUUAUAUAUCAUAUCAGCUGUCAAUCACAGACAUUUAAUAAAGAACAUCUUCUUUAUACAAAUCUAAAAACAUCUCAUCAUCCUCCUGUUUGAGGUUUUUCCAUUAACAAGCUGAUGUUGCUCUCUGGUGCCCUCUUCUGGACAAAAGCUAACUGGACAACAACAUGGCUGCUAGUCAACAGUUAAAUCUACUUCGAAAACAUCACUAAUCCAAAAAGAAAGAAGGAGGCAAAAAGCUGGCAUUCGCUCAGUUUAUUAAACAGACACCUUGACAAAAUUCAACUCUGCUAUGAUCCAUUGCUUCUUAUAGCAGGUGCAUGUCUGCAGAUGUGGAGGGAGGGAACAAGCACUGGUUGUGUUUGGAUGAUGAUGAUGAUGAUGAUGAUGAUGAUGAUGAAGGAGGCAUCCAACAAACUGAGCAAAGGCUUUGAGCUUUCACAGUCCUGAUUGAUAAAUUCAACACUGAGAACAUGUGUUCACCAGAGCCUGGACGACACAGCGUGGUAUCAUGGCACAAUCUGUCUUUCACCUGUUAGUUACUAUCACCGGUGAUUUAUAAACACUUUCAGAAAACAGGAAUCCUUCCCAUCUUCACUUGCUGAUUCCUCAGUCGAGGGAGUGACUUCUAGAUUCUACUCACUCAUCUACUGAAAAUACAUAUUAAUUUAACAAAAAUACAUUAUUGGACUGUUAGUGUCGCCCAUUUCCAGCAUGAUGGAGAUUGAUUAAAUACUUUAAGUUUUCAUUAGAUAUUUACUAUUUAAGCCUGUACCUGAUUCUAUCUGAGCAGAUUCCAUAAACAUGUGUUUUUAAUAUCUAAAGAAUAUUGGUAUCCUGAGCCUUAGUGUCGGGUUUCUGAAGGAUUUUCAUCUUUUAUCCAAAAAAUAGAAUUCAUAUGGACAUACUGAUGGACGGGCAUAUUAAAAUAUUGCAAAUGUAACCAUACAUUGUAUAUUGCUUAAUGGCAAACAAUCCAAAAAGAAAAAUAAUCAUUUGGUUAUUAGCCAUCAGUUAUUCGUACCAGUUGAUCUUGCAUGGAAUAAUUAUUCUGCAAAAUCUUGCAGCACUCUCAUCCAUUUAUUUACAUCCCUGUUUGUGAUUUCCACCUAGUUUUUUUCUUUUAAUUCAUUGCACAGUGUAGCAGCAAACAAUUCACCUGGCUACGUUUAGUGUAUCAUUUGAGCCAAGUCUGCAAUCUGAACAGAUGAGGUGAGAACAGCAGAGCAGAGUCAUGUUGCUUGAGCACAACAUUCAAAACACCAGCAAUGAAAGAAUCUGGACUAAAGCUUGGUUAAAAGUAUGAGAUAUGCAUGUGCACAUAUUUUGAAUAGGUCUGAAAUGGUUGAAAUGGUCAGCUGCCAGUAGCGCCAUGA